AUCAAAUGCUUCUCUCCUUCUGCAGACGCUCUCUGUACUAAACUCCUCUGUAAAACCCUUCUUGAAUCCAUAAAUAAUCAAAACUGAGAGGAAAAUCCAAAAAAAAAAAACAUGUCUGCAUCCAUAGCUCGAUCUCGUCUCGUCUCCUUCGCCGCGAAGAACACUCGACGGCGCUUCUGCUCCAAGGAACCAAUCGCAUCUACAUCGUCGCUCGUCACUGAUCCUCCUCCACCUUCUUCACCCCCUCUUCCUCCUCCGGACGCCGCACCAAGCAAGUCGUGGAGCUUCCUAAAAUACGCUAUUAUUGGUACUUUCGCCGGAGUUGCUGCUACUGCUGGAUAUGCCAGCUACGCGUACACCUUGCAUGAAGUGGAUGAAAAGACCAAGGCUUUGCGAGCAUCUACAAAUUAUUCAGUCGGCGAUGAUGCAUCUGCUCUUGAUAAAUUUCAAGCUUUGCUCUACUCUGCUUCAAUGACAGUGCCUGCUAAAGCAAUUGAAUUUUAUCUAGAUCUGAGGAGGGCAAUUGAAGAGCAUGUUCGAGGAUUUACAGAACCAUCUUCUGAGAAGCUUCUUCCAGACUUGCACCCAAUGGAACAACAUGUAUUUACACUUGUGUUGGAUCUAAACGAGACAUUAAUAUAUUCCGAUUGGAAGCGUGACAGAGGCUGGCGAACAUUUAAAAGACCAGGAGUUGAUGUUUUCUUGGAACAUCUUGCUCAAUUUUAUGAAAUUGUUGUGUACUCUGACCAGAUGAGUAUGUAUGUUGAUCCUGUUGUAGAUAGAUUGGAUAAGAAACAAUGCAUACGAUAUAGGCUAUCAAGGGCUGCAACCAGAUAUCAAGAUGGAAAACAUUAUAGGGACCUCUCUAAGCUGAACAGAGAUCCUGCAAGGGUACUUUAUGUAAGUGGUCAUGCUGUGGAAUCAAGCCUUCAGCCUGAAAACUGUGUCCCAGUUAAACCAUGGAAGCUUGAGGAAGAUGACACAGCACUUGUGGAUCUUAUUCCAUUUCUUGAAUAUGUUGCCCGCCAUAGACCAGCUGAUAUCAGACCAGUGCUAGCAUCUUAUCAAGGACAUGAUAUUGCAAAGGAGUUUAUUGAGCGUAGUAAAGACCAUCAGAGGCGAAUGCAAGAGCAGAAGCAGCAGGGUCGAUUCUGGCGACGUUGAACAUAGAAACAGAUUGCAGGCAACUUGGAUUCAAAUACCCUUUGGAAAAAAGCUAAGGAUGAAGAUCAAGUAAUUCUUCUAGUUAUUCUCAUUCCAUUUUGCUAUGAAGCCAACGCCAUUCUUUAGCUGGGGAAGCUGUUGAAUAGAAAUUUGAAUUUGGAGUCUUAGUUUUGAGUUUAUAUGAAUUUGAUUCAAAUCCAUUUAUGAAAGAAAUUGUGUAACAUUCAUGUAUUUAGUUAAAAUAGUGAAUCCGUUGGAAGGUUUUAUUGUUUAGGAAAAA